UAAAUGUAGUACAACUAAGGUAUUGACUACAAUCUCAUUACCUUAUUUGGAUCUAAUGUGAAACCCGUUCUAAUAACUAAAAGAAAUUUGUGUGACAAGGUUAAAAAAGAGUGAGUGUCUUUAUUUAAUACAAUAGACAUCAUAGUAAAAUACUCUAGUAUUCUAUCAAGAGUUACUUAAAAAUUAAUUCACUUUUUUUAAAAAUGUAUUCUUAUAAUUAUGAUACUGUAAAAGUGAUAACUUCAAUGGAUGAAAUGCAAGAAGCGUUUCAAUUAUUUGAUAUCCGAGGAGAUAACAAAAUACAUAUAUCACAAAUUGGUAAUGCUCUACGAGCAUUAGGUCAAAACCCAACUGAAUCUGAUGUCAAUAAAUUUACUCAACAACACAAAGCAGAUGAAAGAAUAACAUUCGAAGUAUUUCUGCCAAUUUAUCAGGCAAUUUCAAAAAAUCGAUCAUCUAAUACUGCUGAAGAUUUCAAUGAAGGAUUACGCCAUUUUGAUAAAGAUGGCAAUGGAUAUAUAUCAUCUGCAGAACUUCGGCACCUUCUUACAAGUCUAGGUGAAAAAUUGACAGAUGAUGAAGUCGAACAAUUAUUGGCUGGACAAGAAGAUUCUCAAGGAAAUGUUCUCUAUGAAGAAUUUAUUAACAUGGUUAUGUCAGGUUAAUAUAUUAUAUUAUGAAAUAAUUGGAAAAAUUUAAAUGUAUUUUUCUAUUUUACCAGUAUUUAAACAUUAA